AUGUCUGCCCCUGAAAGGCAAGUUCCAAAUAUUCACAAGACGGUCAUUAUUUAUUCUUUCACUUCCUUUUUUCAUUUAUCACAACUUAUCAUCACAUUCAAGGCACAGAAACUACUGGACGGGUCACAUCAACUACGAAUAGACACGCAUCACGUUGGAGCUCCGGGCCACGGCGCUGGCCACGGUCAUAAAAAGGAGUUUGGUCCUGCGAUGAUUCUCUACUAUCUUGCAUCUGCAUUUAGAGCUUUGUAUCCACGAUUAGACGACGAUUUUGUCGACAAGCUCAAUUACUAUUAUACUACCACCAUUUUAGCCUCCUUUGCACUACUUGUUUCGGCGAAACAAUAUGUCGGUUUCCCAAUCCAAUGUUGGGUUCCGGCAACAUUUACCGAUGCGAUGGAGCAGUAUACGGAGAAUUAUUGUUGGGUGCAGAAUACCUACUGGGUCCCAAUGCAGGAGGAUAUUCCGCGCGAAAUCUACUCACGUCGCAAUCGACAAAUUGGUUAUUAUCAAUGGGUGCCUUUCAUACUGGCAAUAGAGGCACUUCUUUUUUACGUGCCGUGCCUAGUCCAAAUGGCUUGUGAUGCUCGAUUGAUGGAUUCCGAAGUAAAGACGAGAACAGUCUACACUAUGGCGCGACAUAUGCAGGAUGAAGUGCAGUUGACGAACAUCGACCGAACUGGACACUCGCGGACAUGCUUCACCCAUAUGCAAGUGGGAGCAAACUGUGGGCGGCACUGCGGUUGUUACGUCACUAUGCUCUACAUUGGUAUAAAAAUUCUAUACUCGGCUAAUGUUCUUCUGCAAUUUUUUCUUUUGAAUCAUUUGCUCGGCUCGAAUGACCUAGCUUAUGGCUUCUCUUUACUGAAGGACCUUAUGCACGAAAUCGAGUGGGAACAAACAGGGAUGUUCCCGCGAGUAACGCUGUGCGAUUUUGAGGCAUGUUUAUUAAACAUUUUCAGCAAGUUUGUUUUUUGA